AAGAUCAAGAUCACAAACAUCAACAACUUGAAGGACUGCACGUGUGUGACGAUGUGCUGAAUGUGAAUACGGCAGCAGGUACACGAAAAGACUAAGGUUAUAAGGAAGUGCCUGCACUGACCAUGCCUUUCUUCAUCAGAAACAAGAGGCGAGGCGGAAAUAAUCGUAAGAAAUUAGGAGGAAGAAAAACUCAGGAAAAAAGAAAAACUGAUACUAAAAGCCAGCAAUUAGAAAAAAGAGGGAAAUUCGCCCCAGACCUAGAUGAAGAAAUUACCAGUGAAGAGGAAGAAGAGUAUGCUAAAAACAAAAAGGUAGUUGAGGAGGAAGAAGAGUUGGAGGAGGAGACUGCACAAGAGAAAAAGGUGCGGCUGGCACGUCAGUAUCUAAAGCAGCUACAGGAACAGAGAGCUCAAGAUGAAGAAGACAAGUUGGACGAUGAGGCCAUCAGAACCCGGCUCCGAGAAGAUGUUCUUGAGGCCUCCGGAAAACUUAGAAAAAAGGUUGCAGAUUCUUACUUGGAACCUGAGGCUGGUGACCUCAAAGUGUUGAGGUCAAAAAAGCAAAGACUGUCUGUUACAUGCAUAGCUGUCUCCACUGAUGAAAAAUAUGUAUUCUCUGGGUCCAAAGAUGCUACUUUGGUGAAAUAUGGCAUUAAUGGGGAAAAACUUGGCACUGUGCUUAGAGGAAGAAAAGAUGCCAAAGAUGCACACAUUGGACACUGCUCUCACAUAUACUCCAUUGCUGUAUCUUCAGAUGGAAAGUUUCUGGCCUCAGGUGAUGCAUCAGGCUAUAUACACAUCUGGAAUCCAGAGACUCUUGAACACCUCAAGACAUUUAAGAAGCACCGUGGGGCCAUCUCAGGCUUGUCCUUUCGAUGGGGCACUCACACUCUCUUCUCCAGUUCACAUGACAGAAUGGUCAUGGUGUGGAACCUUGAUGCCAUGGCCUUCGUUGAAAAUUUAGGUGGCCACCAGGAUGCAAUAACAGGCCUGGAUGCCUUCAUGAGAGAAUCAUGUAUCACCAGUGGAGGAAGAGACCAGUCUGUGAUUGUGUAUGUGCUGGUUGAAGAUAAACAAUUGCGAUUUUCAGGGCACCAUGAUUCCAUAGAUGGUGUAAAGCUAAUCAACGAGAGAACCUUUGUCACUUAUGGCCAAGAUGGAUACCUGGCCUUGUGGACGACUCUUAAGAAGCGUCCACACUUUGUGGUGAAAGCUGCCCAUGGCUAUCAAAACAAUGGGUUACCAAAUUGGCUCACUGCUGUGGCUACACUGAUUAACACAGACAUUAUGGCCUCAGGAUCAAUGAAUGGAUAUGUUCGUCUAUGGAAAAUCGAUACAGAUGGACAUAGAUCAUUGAAGCCAUUGUUUUCCAUUCCUGUACCUGGUGUGAUCAAUUCUCUGGCCUUUACAACAAGUGGCAGUCACCUUUUAGUUGGAGUGGGGCAGGAGCACAAAAUGGGAAGAUGGUACACAGAGAAAUCUGCCAGAAAUUCCGUUGUUGUUAUACCUUUGAAGAAAAAAUAGUAAUUUUCUAAUAAAUUCACAUUUUUAACA